AGGCUGAAGGAAAUAUCGCUUUUUGCUCUCUUAUAUUAAUACCAAUAUAAUAAUUCAAAAUCAAUGUAAUAGGCUUAUUUACGAUGAACAACAUCUACUGUCCACAUAUCCACAACAGUUGGAACUGUUGAUGUGACAGUGGAAUUUUUUUGGUCAACAUGUACUUAAAUCUCAGAUGAUGAGGGCAUUAUUUCAAUAACUGUAACAUUUCCCUAACCAGUAACUCAAUACUGUAAUUGAAACCGUUCAAAUUCUAACAUCUGAAAAUCUUGCCUGUUUAUUUUGCUAUCAAGUAAAUGCUAAUGUUUUUCUUGCGUGGGGCACAUUAUUAUUAUUUAGAGUUAUGUAAAACGAUAAAUAUAUGACAGCUUUACAGUUGAGAAAUGGUGAUAAUCGUGUAAUAGUAGUGACAGGUUUCAUUCAGUGUUUCAGUCGACGCUCUCCAUUCUUUUGCUUCACUUCUCUUGAAGGCUUUUGUGUAUGUUUUGUGUAUAGAAACUGUGGGUUAGAUUUAACAAAAUAUACAGUGGAAAAUUUUCUUAGAAUGGCUACCAAUUCAGAGGAGAUUGAUAAAGUGUUUGGAUUGAAUAAUAACAACCACGUGCAAACGUUUGAAUGGCAUUCUUCAGAUAAUGAAAAACGGAAAGAGUCGUGUUGCAGUGUGGAAUGUGUGAAGAAUCGACUUCCGGUCCUGAGAUGGGCGCCUCAGUACAACUUGUCCUGGCUUAUCAGCGAUCUGAUAGCAGGAGUCACAGUCAGUCUCACAGCUGUACCUCAGGGCAUCGCCUAUGCUGUUGUUGCUGGUCUGGAUCCCGCGUAUGGUCUGUACUCGGGCAUCAUGGGAGCAUUCGUGUACAUGCUGUUGGGAACAAGCAAAGAUGUGACAGUGGGACCAACCGCUAUUAUGGCACUCAUGACGUACAAGUAUGCCAGCGCUUAUGGUGUCGACUACGCUGUACUUCUCUGCUUCAUAUCAGGAGUAGUAACGUUCAUAUUCGGUCUUCUUCAUCUCGGGUUCCUAGUGGAGUUCAUUUCACUGCCGGUGACGUCAGGGUUCACAUCGGCGGCGGCCAUCAUAAUAGCCGUGUCGCAGGUGAAGAACAUCCUGGGCAUCGACGGAAAGGGCAACGGGUUCAUAGGCGCUUUCACCAACCUCUUCCACAACUGGCACUCGCUCAGGCCUGGUGACACCAUCAUGGGGCUCACCACCAUUGUACUUCUAGUCAUAGCUAAGAAAUUGAAAGACUACUCGAGUUCGUGGGAGAGCCGAUCAUUGCGAGGCGUGAUGUGGCAAGUGGGCGUGGCUCGUAAUGCCAUCGUUGUGAUAAUAGGAACUUUGAUAGCAUUCCUGUGUGCCAAUAGUGAUUUACAACCGUUUAAGCUUACUGGUCACGUGAACUCUGGUUUGCCGCCAAUCAGUCUGCCGCCAUUUUCCCACUGGGACGGUAACCGCACGGUCACUUUCCGCAGAUGCUGCACAAUCUCGGCACCGGGACCAUUGUCGCGCCCAUCAUAUCCAUCCUCGAAAGUGUAUCCAUCGCCAAAAGUAUUCGCCAAAGGCAAAACACUGGACGCUAGCCAAGAAAUGAUAGCUUUGGGUUUUUCAAAUAUUUUCGGCUCAUUCGUGCAGUCAAUGCCAAUAACUGGAUCUUUCACCAGAACUGCCGUCAACCAUGCUUCAGGAGUCGCCACACAGUUUGGAGGAUUUUUCAACGGCGUGAUGAUAAUAUUGUCGUUGAGCUGCCUCACUCCAACGUUCUACUACAUUCCUAAAUCGACUGUUGCCGGCGUUAUCAUUUGUGCCAUGUUCUAUAUGGUUGAAUAUCAUGUGGUGCUUGUACUCUGGAGGACAAAAAAAAUGGACUUGGUACCAUUCAUUGUGACGUUUCUGUGCUGCCUAUUUGUCAAUCUGGAGAUGGGCAUCGUAUCUGGAAUAACUGUCAACCUUCUGUUUAUUCUCUACAAUUCUGCCAGGCCGAGAAUUCUUCUACAAUGGAUUUCGAGCGGUAGAGAAGAGGUUCUUCUAGUGACACCCACACAGGGUCUAGUAUUCCCAGCAACAGAGUACCUGCGGGAGGUCAUCAUCACGUCCUGUGUCAAUCGAGGAGACAGCAAUGCCCCGGUUAUAAUCGAUGGCACUCACAUUCAUUUCAUAGACUCCACAAUGGCCAAGGGCAUCAAACUUCUCCUAGACGAUCUAUUAGUUCGAAAGCAGAAAGUGUAUCUGUGGCACUGGAAUGACGACGUAGUCGCUACCAUAACUGGAUUCGAUCCCAAGCUCGCGUCGCACUUCCAUUCGCAAGGAACGUUGCAACAACUGAUCAAGGGAAAUGAAGAGCCUGAAUACGUGGUCGAUGUGCUGAGUGGUCCUGAAACAAGGAGAUCGUCCGAGAGAAACAUCCAAUAGUAUUCCUAGUAUUUUAUUAACUGUGCAAGACAUUUUUGGAAAUGCACUAUCCAGAACUUUACAGCUAACGAGGCAAUUUGCUUCUCAUAUUUACUAUGGGUGCAACAAACAUCGUGGAGCGGCGAAGGUAGCAGAAACUCUGUAUGGUUCUCAUCAUAAUGAAUGUGAAAUCUUCUAGCCAAGGUUCUCUCAGACUGUAGUUACUGUAUAAAGUAACAUAGUAACUGUAUCCAGACUUCCUAAGCAUUCUGUAUCACUACUCACUGAUUGCUGCAAUCUUCCGAGUUCAGGAAAUUAUUCGGUGUAUUGUAGUGUGUUGGGGGUUCAGUCUAUUACCAUAUACGUUUACCACAGUAGAUUACCGUUCAGUAUUGAAAAAGCAGCAUACAUCAUGCAUUCCGCUACUAAAUCUUAGUUACAACCAAAAUAGAUUAAUCUAAUUAUUCUAGCAUCUUUCUCGAUAAUUGUUAUCGAAAAAAUACGUAGAGAAGGCUGUGGUAUUACUCAAUUAGUGGAAUCUUAGAAUGGAAAAGUAAUUCAAUGGCAUAUGAUCGUUUUUAUUCCUAAUUCACUCAUUUAAUAUAAUGUUGAAUAAUUUAUUGAUUCUUCUAAUGGUUGAUUAUAAGUAGAAUUGAUGAUUUAAUCGAUACCAACGAGUUUCUUCAUAAUAUAUUCAUAUUAAUUUAAUUUCAUCAUUAUUAUCUUAAAUAUCUUAUACAGAAUCUUUCCUGUCUUUUGUAAAUAAUUUCAUAUUAGAUAUAGGAGGUAUUCCGUAAAUGUAACAUAAUAUUGUAAAAUAUUUUUACGAUUUGUACAGAUUUAGUUUUAAUUAAAUUAAUGAGAUAAUCAUUCAUUUCUAACUUAUAGUGUCUAAAGUAUUUGGUCAAUACCUACCACUGAUAUUAGUAGGUAUUGUUUUGUUGCUAAGGGAGGUAGCAUCAAGAUCAUUCCAUUAUGAUAUUUUAUAUCAAAGACGUUAAUUUUUACUAAGAUUUUAGUGCGGCAAAACUAGCUAUUCUGUAGUUUCAAUAUUUUUUUGAACUUUUGGACGAUUUUAAUCAAUUUUGAAAGUGUUAAUAUUUGAGAAAUUCUUCCCAAAAUUGAUAGAAUAAAAUAUCGAAUUUAGGGCUUUCAUUGUACUGUUCGGGGAAAUUAAUUGUGAUAUUCUAUCGUCCAAUUCAUUAAAUGAAUAUUUCGUUGAUAAUGUUAUAAAAGAUAUUCUUUGUUUUAAUUUGAAUCUUUAGCAAAUUGAGUCGAGUGAAGCAUUUUAAGUAAUGGUAAAUAAUUUUGUUGUUUUCAUUUUGCAUCCGAAAUACCACUCGACUCUCAAAGACAGAUUUAUGGUUUAUUCAAAUAAUAUAUUUUUAAUUGAAAUUUGUUCAAUAAAGACUUUAUUCACCAUGAAA